GAAAAUCAAUUAAAACAAAUUUUCAAUAUCAAAUUCAAAACGAGUUGGAGUAAGCGAAGUACUCAUUGAGAAUAUUCUAUUUAUACCAACAACGAGGAAAAAAGGUUUUAAGUUAGUUUGGAAUAUAUAAACAGAAACACUGUGAAAGCCUCUGAAAACCAAACAGCAAACACAGCAGCAACGUCAUCGUAGAAAUCAACAAAGAUGCGGACACACGUUUUGUCGCUCUCAGCCAACACAAGUUUACUACGCCAUGCUCUUCCCGUUUUGGUUCGACCUUACAACAAAUCCACCGUCCUCUUCCGAACCACCGCUCCUAAUCGCAUAUCUUUCCUCAGAUCCACUUCACAAACUACUCUAUUUCGCGAUUUUUCUUCUAUUCCUCCCAAACGCCACGAUGUACCUUUAUUCACCACUACUUCUCUUCGCACCUUUACUUCACGCGCCACUCAUGUCAACGACGCUGGUUCCUUUGAUUUGCCUCUCAUUCAGUCUAUGCAGAAUAAGAUAAAGGAGCAACUCAAUGCAGAAUCAGUUUUGGUAAAGGAUGCUUAUGGCGAUGGACGGCAUGUUAGCAUUGAUGUUAUCUCUACAGCCUUCGAGGGACAAUCAGCCGUGAAUAGGCAAAGGAUGGUCUAUAAAGCGAUAUGGGAGGAGCUUCAGAGUGCAGUUCACGCUGUUGACCAGAUGACGACCCAAACUCCUGCUGAAGCAGCCGGGAAAUGAUAAAAGAUCACAAGAACAUUACAGACAAUGAACUAGGAGUGAUUGUGAUCUUAAUAGAUGUUUGUACUGCCUGUUGUCUUGGAAUGAAUUUCUAUUGCAUAGUGUUCACAUGCAAAUGCAAGACAUCAGUUUUCUAAUUCACUUUCGAACAUUAUGCAGCAAUAUUCUGCGGUUUGUUUAUUCUUUCUAGUUUCUAGUCCCCAUUUACUUUCUCAAUUUUUUUUUCAUUUCUAAAAUAAAUGACAGAAAUAAUGUGCUUGUUUAAUUCUUUUCGAAAUUCGAAGAAUAAUAUUUGAAAUGUCAUUUUCUUAAUUUUUUAGAA